GGGAGGAGACGCUCAGAGCAGGUAGUGGUUCUGCAAUGCAAGCUGCGUUUCCAACUCCCUUUCCCAAAUUCAAAAUAGGUAGCCGUUGCCUGUAAGAAAGUAACCUGUGAGUUGAAAAACACCAUAUUCUCCUCUAACGAUGCUCUCUCGCUUCAUUUCUCGACCUUCCAAUCUUCGCCUUUUGACACUAACCACCCUUUCCUCUUCAAACAUCAUCUCCCACCACCCUUCAUCUUCAAAUAUCCACUGUCCGUUCCCCUACCUUACAUCCCUCUCCUAUCCAUCCAGAAGCUUCUCCACAGACGACCGCAACAACAACAACAACGGCAACGGCAGGGAUCCCUCCUCCAUUCCUCAGCACUGGACCUUCUCCCCCGAAGAAUCUUCCGAAUCCGUCUUCGGAUCAGAAGACGCGAGCCUCUCGGGGAUCGCUGACGAAGACGAUGCGAUCUCGACCGUUGGAUCACAAGAUGAUGACGAGGGGGUGGUGAAGGAGGAGAAAGGAGGUGGGGAUAUAUUCGAAGAGAUUGAUAGGGAGUUUGGGUCGAAGAAGGGCAGCGUAGAAGAGUGGGAGACGGCGGAAGGGUAUGAGCCAUGGAGUCUCGGAGAAGAAGGGAAGGAGGAGAUUUUUGAGAGUGGAGGAGGAGGGAUUGAAGGGCUGUCGGCUGUUGAUGGAGUCGGGCCGGAGAUCAUUGGGCCGGAGAUCAACGAGGAGGACAAGCAGCUGGAGGAGGAAGAGCGGGGGCUUUCUGCUACGUUACAAGGCCCAAAUCGUGCAUUUGGAGACCUGAUUUCAGCAUCAGGGAUAACAGAAGCAAUGCUAGACAGUUUAAUUGCCCUCAAGGACCUUGAAGGUGUCGAGGGACUGCCCCCUCUGAGGGAGAUAGAAGACAUGCGCUUGGAGAAGAACGAGAGAAAAUCCCCGAGAUAUGAAAUGGAGCGGAAGAAAAGGGAGGAGAUUGCCAAGUCACACAUUAGACAGGUCGAUGAAAAGGGAAGGGCUUACGGAACGGGAAGAAGGAAGUGUAGUAUCGCUCGUGUCUGGAUUCAACCAGGCGAAGGGACAUUCAUUGUCAAUGACAAGCAGUUCGACGUCUAUUUUCCGAGUCUCGACCACCGUGCCGAUCUCCUCCGACCGUUUGCUGAGACGAAGACUUUGGGCCUUUGGGAUGUCAGUUGUACUGUGAAAGGAGGUGGUAUCUCAGGUCAAGCUGGAGCAGUUCGUCUAGGAGUCAGCAGGGCAUUGCAAAAUUGGGAACCCGGGCUGCGUCCGCCACUCCGAUCAGCUGGAUUCUUGACAAGGGACUCACGCGUUGUUGAAAGGAAAAAGCCCGGAAAAGCCAAAGCGCGAAAGAGCUUCCAAUGGGUCAAGCGAUGAGCAGCGACAGGCUGCUCGUUGAGUGUCGUAUUCUGAAUCAUGCUCCCCCCGACUUGUCACAUCCUGACACAUGUACAAGGUCACCAUUCGAUGGGCAGAUCCCGCGCUGCAUUUCUGUAAGCCUGACCAUCGGGUGGUCCAUGUUCAUCUGAUGAAUUUGGAAGUUGGUCAAAACCCUUUCCCAUCCAUCCUUUUUACAUGCACAUGAACCCCAUCUGAUGUCCUGAAUGUGCAAUGUUUGUUGGUGGGCCCAUGUGAUGAGUAGACAGAAACCAUUUAAAAACUCAGAAGACCUUUGGUGGCAGCAAAAGCUCAUAUGUUGUGUACCAUAUAAGUUACUUUUUA